AGGUUGUGUUGUAUUGUAUUGUGCGUUUUUUUCUCUCUCUCUCUCUCUCUCUCUCUCUCUCUCACUCUCUUUCAUUCUCUUUCAUUCUCUAUUCUCUAUAUAUGUGUUGGUGCGUGGAGUGGCGUGUGUGUAGCUGCGCUCUCUCCUGCCGGCGCUCUCGUCGGAAUUUCAGUUAUUGAUUUUUCCGAUCACCGGAUUCGAUCCAAUCCCCAAUCCCUAAUUGCCAGCCCAACCUUUUUCAUCAUCAAUUCUAAUUCAAUAGGCAUUGGGGUGGCGCUGCCGGAGAUGGAGGAUUACGCCACCAGCGAUGACGAUUACCAUUAUUCCUCCGAUCAGGAGGACUCCGUCGAUGCCUACGAAAACGACGACCCAGAUUACGCCUUGCUCUCUUCCAAGGGUCCCACUACUCAGGUGAUUACGAAGGAAUCAUUGCUAGCUGCACAGAGGGAGGAUUUGCGCAGAGUGAUGGACAUGUUAUCGGUGAGAGAGCAGCAUGCCCGUACGCUGCUUAUUUUUCAUCGUUGGGAUGUGGAGAAGUUGUUUGCAGUGUAUGUAGACAAAGGAAAAUCAUUUCUCUUUGCUGAAGCUGGUGUUAGUGUGGAGGAACAUCAGGAGUCUGACUCAUCCAUUGCUUCUGCAGUAAUGUGCUUAAUCUGCAUGGAGGAUGUUCCUAGUAAUGAAGUAACGAGAAUGGACUGUGGUCAUGGCUUUUGCAACUCAUGUUGGAUAGAGCAUUUUAUUGUCAAGAUAAAUGAGGGUCAAAGUAAACGCAUUAGAUGCAUGGCACACAAGUGCAAUUCCAUUUGUGAUGAAGCUGUCGUAAGAACUCUACUCAGUAGACAGCACCCUGACAUGGCUGAGAAAUAUGAACGCUUUCUGCUUGAAUCUUACAUUGAAGACAAUAAGAGAGUUAAAUGGUGUCCCAGCACUCCUCAUUGUGGGAAUGCAAUACGGGUUGAGGAGGAUGAAUUGUGUGAGGUAGAAUGUUCAUGUGGUGUACAAUUUUGCUUUAGAUGCUUGUCAGAAGCACACUCCCCUUGUUCGUGCUUGAUGUGGGAGCUUUGGGCUAAGAAGUGCCGAGAUGAAUCAGAAACUGUUAAUUGGAUAACAGUUCAUACAAAACCAUGUCCCAAGUGUCACAAACCUGUGGAGAAGAAUGGUGGUUGUAACUUGGUUAGCUGUAUCUGUGGGCAAGCAUUUUGUUGGUUGUGUGGUGGAGCUACUGGUAGAGAGCAUACUUGGUCAAGUAUAGCUGGUCAUAGCUGUGGUCGCUACAAAGAGCAAGAGAAAACAGCUGAACGGGCAAAGAGGGAUCUAUAUCAGUAUAUGCACUAUCAUAACCGAUAUAAAGCUCACACAGACUCUUUUAAGAUUGAAAGUAAACUGAAAGAGACUAUACAAGGGAAGGUUGCUAUUUCAGAAGAAAAAGAUUCUACACUCAGAGAUUAUAGCUGGGUAAAUAAUGGACUCUCCAGACUAUUCAGAUCCAGGCGUGUCCUAUCAUAUUCAUAUGCAUUUGCUUUUUAUAUGUUUGGAGAUGAGCUUUUUAAGGAUGAAAUGACAGAAGCUCAAAGGGAAAUAAAACAGAACUUAUUUGAGGAUCAACAGCAGCAGCUUGAGGCAAAUGUUGAAAAGCUCUCUAAAAUUUUGGAGGAGCCUUUUGAAACUUUUUCAGAUGACAAGGUUAUGGAGAUAAGGAUGCAGAUAAUCAAUCUUUCAACAAUUAUUGAUAAACUUUGUCAAAAAAUGUAUGAGUGCAUCGAGAAUGAUUUAUUGGGUUCUCUUCAUCUUGGCAUUCAUAGUAUUGCUCCAUAUAAGUCAAAGGGCAUUGAGAGGGCGUCGGAACUUUCUGUUUGCUGGGGCAACAAUGUCAAUGAUACUGGUAACCUGUUGUGGAUUGUUUGAAUAAGUUUGACUUUGUGGAUGCUCAUCAGAAAUGUUACUGAGUGAAAAGGAUUAUUGUAUAUAUGCUGCAAGCGUAGGUGUAACUGCAGAAUUAGAUCGACCUUCUGGAUCAGGGAGUUCUGAUGACAGUGGAUGCUCUUCUAGGAAGCGUGCUAGAAAAGAGGGUCUUGGAGGUGGUUUUUUUGAUCUAAACUUGCCAGCAGAGUUUGUAGACAGAAAUUGACUUUGAAGGACACCUUAUAUACUUCGUACAGGCGUACAGGUCUAACAUAAAUUGCUUUGCUGCCUAAGAAGGAAUUGAUUUCACACCCCAUUUGCUUCUUUUGGGCCAUGUCUCUGCCAUGCCAUCUACCUUUCUGUAUAUAGAUAGCCUUGGGGCAUUUAUUUCCUACUAGUUUAUGUAAAUGGCUACCCUUAAAGACAACUUCUAGGAUGCUUUUAUUAUCUUAUGGAGUUACAGGUGGAGGUAACUUCACUCAUUUUUCUUCCAUGAUUUCGUUAUUUUUCUUGUUUUAAGUUUUACAAUUUUCAAAUGAUAUACUACUUUCUUCCAUA